AAGGACUGCUUCUCACGGCUAGAACAGACUCAGACCAGAGCUCCCUUGAGAAGCACUGGAUAGCCAAUCCAGGCAUUACUGUGGAUGCUAUGUUGAUCUAUAUUCACGGACUGGCAACAGAGACCAUUCCAUUCCUCAACCCCAGUGACAGUGACAAGGCCAAGACCAAACCACCGGACCCCCAGGCUGGCCCAGAAAGCUGUUAUCUCCUCCCACCAACCCCCAAGAAGGGCGGAGUCGCACCCAAAGUCAGCAAAAAGACCAACAUGCACCUCAUUGUUGAGUUUGGAUUGCAGUUGUUGCACAUGAAUCUGAAGCGAUCCAAGCUGUCUCCAUCUAACCAGCAACACCUUCGGAUGUUGGAUCCAUUUAUUCCCAUCCUCAUGGACUCACUCACUUCCAAAUAUACCAAGGUGACAGUAGUGGCCCUCCGUUGCAUCACAUGGAUGCUACGAUACCCUCUGCCCUCCAUCAGCAAAAGUGCAUUCAGAUUGACGAAGAUACUCUUCAAAAUCCUGCACACCCACGCGAUGGCGGGAGCAGCAAAAGGAGCUAACUUUGACAUCGUCGUCAGCUGUUUCAAGGCUGUCACAGUGCUAGUCCGUGAUGUGAAGCAACACAUGAUCGAUGAGAAACAACUACAGGUUCUACUGACCUACGCAGAGGAAGACAUGCAUGAUCACACCAGACAAGCCACGGCAUUCGGUCUACUCAAGGCUAUUCGGUCGAGGAAGUUGAUUGUACCCGAGAUGCACGAUGUGAUGAAGAAGGUUGCUCAGCUAUCGAUUACAUCAGAGAGUCCUUCAGUCAGAUUACAAUGCAGACAGGUUGUACUGAAUUUCCUUCUGGACUACCCUCUUGGGAACAAACUGAAGCGCCACCUAGAGUUCUAUGUCAGACAGUUGAACUUUGACCUUGAGACUGGCCGUGAAUCCUCGCUGGAGAUGCUGGCCACUAUCUUCUCAUCAUUCCCACAGAUCUACAUUUUGGUGUUAUUGAUACAGAAAACACUGGAGACGUAUGCAGGAAUGUUUUUUAUUCCGAUGGCAACAAGACUAGUCAACGAUGAAUCAGCUAAAUGUCGCAAGAUCACUGCAUUGGCCAUCAGGUCAUUGCUGCAGAAGUUAUGGGUAGAGAAGAGAGACGAACUCUUCACCAUGGCAACCCACUGGCUCCAUGACGACAAACCAGCCCAUCAGCGUCUUUCCUCACAGCUUUGUGGCAUCUUUGUCGAUGCCGAGGAGGCAGGUUUCCAGCGACGGUUGGAUGACAUACUUCCUCAGAUGCAGGAACAUAUCAAACCAGAUGGGUUGCAGAAGGAUGGCAUGUCUGCAAUGGAGACAGAUGUUACAUCUAUGGAGGAGAGACAUACAGAUCACAUGUUGUUCAACUUGCUAUCAGCGUUAGCCAAGAUGAUUAAACACUGUUCGAUCAUCGGCAACAAGGCGUACACAGACACCCUGAAUGCAAUCUGGGAUCCAUCCAAUCUCAUCUUCUCCAUCCGCACUCCUGGGUGCGUCUGGUUUCGGCCCAGCUCUUUGGAGACCUGUUUGCUUCAAAACAACCAGACAUCAUUGCCAGGACCAUGCUGAAAGCUGCGUCUGGUACCUAGACUACUAACACCUCGGCCAAUGAGAAUCGGAUGGGGAAGAAGACAAAACGCAAGAGGAAGGCUGAUAAAGAAAGGGGCGGAGUCACAGGUAAAGUGGAGGCGGUGGAGUAUCCAUUGAACCAUGGACAGGAAAUCGUCAGGGAGUUAGUCUUUACAUUUUGCAAGCAGCUUCAGUUGGCCUUGCUGAACAAAGAUCUUGGAGAUCAGGUUGUGAGAAAUCUUGUGUUCCUUGGAAAAGUCAUCCAAGGUCAUCACCGUUUGUAUCCGGAUAAAACUUAGAUUUACCAAAUGGAGGAGAGAUCGGACAGUGAAGAUGAAAAUGAUGAUGAAAAUGAUGAAAGGACUCCCAAGCUCUCUGCAGAGCAGAAUACCACCAACACGGACAAACAAGGACUUGGACGUCGGACUCCGAGCCCCGCUGACUUGACUUGGUUCUUGAGGAGGAUGUGUCGCAUCGCUGCCUCAGAGGCAGCCAAGACACCCAAACAGACUCUGAGACAGACUUGUGUUGUCAAGUGGCUUGCUGCCAUGGCAAUGGAUGUAGGAGGAGACAGAUUGCCCAGUUAUCUGAAGCUAAUGAUGAAGCCGAUGUGUCGGGAGAUCGGUGAUCAAAAGUCACACGCAGACAACGAUCUUCGUCAGCUUUGUCAGGAAGCAUUGGAUCUCAUCAAGGGCCUUGUGGGAUUGGAGACAUUCUCUCAUGCUUAUGCUGACGUCCAAAGGGUCAUCACACAGACCAGAAUCCAAAGCAAACAACAGAGGGCGCUACAGGCUGUUGCUGAUCCAGUCCAAGCAGCAAAACC